AUGGCCAAGGCCUGUGCGGUUGCCGGGAGGCCCGCCGUCCUCGAGCGCAUCACCCAAUGGGAAAGUGUGGUCAACACCCUGAAGGCAGCCAUUGCGGUUGCGACAUGGGACGACCCACAGGUGCUCUUGCGAGAGAUGGAGGGAUGCCGCCUACCCCUGGCGAAUAUCGUCGAGCCGAUGCUGGGUGGUGGCAAUGCUGAAGGGGCAUACGACACGCUCGCGGAGGUCUACAAGAACACGCCCGAUGGGUUUUUGGCCAUGUGCCCCUACCCGCCGGGAGGCGAGGUCGACCUGCUGAUUGUAUCAGACUCAUCUCUUGCUCUGGUACCUGACCCCCAAGCAGGGAAGGCUUCGUGUUUUUCCGGAGGCGAUCUUUUGAAGCCCUGGGGAGACAUCCGUGGCAUUUACACAAAAAUGUUGUGGGGCAAAGGUUUGAACCACAUGGUGCAGUACAUCCCCGAGGCCAUCGAUGACAUCGAGUCCACCAAUCGUGCACAUGGUCGCCCGGUUUUGCCGGUGUUGGUCAUCGUGGGGUGGGCCGGCAAUGAUGUAUUUGGCGAAGGGGGUUACAGAGGUGUCCAUUGGAUCCACAGGGCUGCCUACAACAAGUCUGCUGCCGACCGGGAGGUCACGGCCAACUGGUGUGAGCGGCAAAAGGCAAGAGUCGAGCGGUCCGUCAACGAACUGGGCCAGCUCAAACGUGAUGAGCCUCGGAUCCUGGACAUCGUGGUCGUUGGGAACGCUGACGCGGAAAUCUUUGCUCUCCCGUCAGCCUACAAUGAGACCAUGCGGGUCCACAUCAGGGCACUUCGAGAGGACCAUGGUAUUCAAACUUUGGACACCACCUUGAUGCUUGCCAGAACUGUGAGAUAUGACAAGGUGCAUUUGGAAGACGACGACAUCAACCGGAAGUAUGUCACCAACUUCCUCCAAGCCGUCGCUGAUUGCCACCUUGCCUACCUCAAGCUCAUCAGCGUCGACGAUCACUUGAGAACGCUCCCAAGAAUUGACGAUCUCCAGGAGCAGAAGAACUACCCGAACCUCACCAUCCUCAAGGCCGCGUACCAGCUUGAAAUCGAUUCGAAUGUAUCCUCUCCAAAAGAUCUUCCUCAGCGACCUGAUCCUGAGAAGCUCAUGUUGGAUGCAGAUGUCGAGAUUUUCAACUGGGUGCUUCAAGCUGAGGAGAGCGCCACAGCCUCUGCCGACCGGGAGGUCGAGUCCUGGUUGCGUGACAUCCCUGAAGAGGACCAGGCAUUGGAACCAAUGCACCAUGACAACGCUGAUUCGGACGAUGAGGCUGUCAAAGUUCAGGCCCUCACCAUGGAUGAUCGAAUUUUGGCAAGGCGAAAGGGCCUUUCAGAGGAGCACGACCAAGAAUGGCAAGAUGCCACCUAUGCGGCUGAGGAUGAAGAUGAGGACUUCAAAGGGUGGGACCUCAUUGAGGAUGACAAACGCCCGCCGGGAGUCGUGGCCAGUGACCCAGUACAUGAAGACGAAAAGGAGCUGGACCUUGACGACCUCGAGACGGUGGCUUCGGUGGAGAUUGUCGAUGAAGAGGAGUUCCACGACGCUGAGGAGGGGCAGGCAGAGCCGAUUGAUGAUGAUGACGAUGACGACAUGGCCGUGAUCGACAAGGUCUCUUCUAUGCAGGCCUCGAAGUCUGAUGCACGGGGGGACCCGGAGCCCAUGGAUGUUGAUGAUCAGGGCAACAAGAUGGUCCAGAGUACGGCAUCGGCGAAGACCUGGAAGACGGAGAUGGCCCAGAGCUCGUCAUCGGCAAAGACGUGGAAAACUGACAUGGCUCAGAGCACCUCAUCUGCAAAGACAUGGCGAACUGACACCACUGCAGCUGCGUCGGCGGGAGCCACGCCUUCUGACCCGACGUCCAAGCUCAAGCCCAAGAAGAAGGCCAUGCCAAAGAGAUUGAAGGUUGUGGAUGCGGGACAUGGGCCAAGUGCUGAACAGUUUGACACGUCGAAAUUUGCCUCAGCACAGGAUCUGGUUUGGAUUGAGCCGGACAACAUGGCAGGAGUUCCUGUGCGCAAGGUGGACUACGGCAGGCUUGGAUCAAUUUCCCAUGCUAUGUCCGACUACCUCCGUGGCCAUCGAAUGUUUCACAGGAGGCCAUCACCUGAGAUUCGGAGGACUGAUUUGUCAAUGGACUUCAAGGCAUUGGUGAGGCAUCUCCAAGGAGAUUUUGCGCACCUUCGAGAAGAAGAAGUUUUGAUGGUUGUGCGCAACUCUCCGAUGCGUCGCUUCAGGGUCCAGGUGAACGGCUUGUCGUCCGGAAAGCUCAGGUGGACACCAGUGAGGAUCAGGGCCAUUCAGGGUCAUCGGGCCUUUCUCGUGGAGCAAGGGGGGAUGUCAAGCAUGAUCAAAACGAUGUUCACUUUUGAUGAGAACUUCGACCAGACCAAGAUCGACGACCCAACGGUCCACCCCGCAUUCUCCGCGAUGCCGGAAGGCUCGCCUGCCAUCCUGUCGCCGGACUGGAUCUCGAACCAGCCGAUGAUCAACGCCUUUGAUAUGCGUUCGGGCGAAUUUUUCUUUAUCAACAGGGCUUAUGUCAACCAUCGGAAGACUUACCAGGAAGUCCUCAAGCAGGCCAAGGCCGAGUUUGAUCCGACGGAUGUUCUCAUGAGCCGCAUGGAAAUGUUGAUGGAAAAUGCCCAGUUGAACUUUGAAGGCAUCAAAGAGCGCAUUGAGUUCGGCAAGCUCCUCCCCUUUUCCAGGCGUGAAGACAUUGAAGUCGAGAAGAGUACUGCCACCCGGGAGGGUGAGCCGGCAUCAGGUUCUCAGCUGGUGCCCGGCUACACCGUUGGAAAGAUGGCCGCCAUGACAAGCACGGAUGCCUGUGGCUUCCAACGUCGUGGACGGAAUGGACCCGGUGGUGGAAAUUGGAGUCGUGGGCAAGGUCGACACGGAUUUGAGUUGCAAUUCAAGGACAUUUCCUACAACCAGAUCCAAGACACGCCUCAGGUACGUUGUGGCCAUCCGAUCUGUGGAUAUCUGAUGGUGGAUGGACAUUUGAAAUGCCCGCGCUGCUCCCGGCAGAUGGAACCCGUGACCGAUGCCAACAUCGCCACGGAAGUUGCCCGCCGGGAGGCGAUGGCCCGUACCAGAGGAGUGCCCUUCUCCAUGGACAAGGUGAUCUUCAACCACCCGCGAAGAGGCAGAGUAGCCAGGCAGCCGGAGAAGGGACCAUCAUCUUCUUCGACGGCCAUCCGGACCAGAAGCACCUAUGGCAACUUGAGAGACAUGGCCAAGAACUACGUCAGAUCUUUCAAGAAAAGGGGCUUCAAAGACCUUGUUGACCGACUCGUCCGCGACCCGUUCUUUCAGUUCAAUGCGGCGAAUCAAAACUUGGUGCCGGAGGCCUUGCUCUUCAUUGAGCGUUUGGCUGGCUGCGUGAGCCCGACCAUUGAGCGCACCAAAGCUCAGGUUCUUGGUGAAAAGCUUGAAAUGGCCACCAAGUUGAUCUUUGUGCCAUCGUCGGAGCGGGAGCCCGACCAACCCUUGGAUCUUCACACCGAGGUGUUUGUGUCGCAUCGGGGCGUCUUUCUCGACAUUGGCCAAUUCGCAGUCUACGUGGCGAAGUUCAUCAAGCCAAGGCAAAGACCUCUACCCAUUGUUUAUGGAUGGGGCAAUCGUGACUUUGUGCCUGAUGCUUCAGAUGCCAAAGAGAUCGCGAAAGAACUGGUGGAGUUCAGCAAGCUGCAAUGGUCGAACUUUGCCUCCCAACAGACGCACAAGGAGUCUGAGACCACCGGCGACGACCGGGAGGUCAGUCUUCCUCAUGCAAGCGCAGCCAUCAGCCGACCUGAACAUGAACGACCCCAUCACGAGCAGUUUGAACCGAAUCUUGGCAAGCCUGCUCGCGGCGGUCCUUACGGCCAGGGUGGUGGUGGUGGAAAAGGUCAUCACAAAGAUGGAGGACAGGCCAAAGGGAAGGGACAACAGAAGGGGAAGGGCAAGCAAGGCAGAAGCCCACCGGGAGGUGUGGCCUACGGUGACUUUGAAGGAGAUUCCUUCUGGGUUCAGGGCUAUCGCUACACGUGGUACUGGAAUCAACAGCGAGGCAUGCCUGUCUAUGACAAACUUGGCAGGCAUUGCACCCAUUGA